AUGGCGUCUACAUCAGUUAAUCCGCAACCGUCAUUUGGUUCUGAGAUUGGAACCACUGAUAGCAAGAACAAAAAUGGUCUGAGUAACUUGUCGGAGCGUUCGUUCGGAGAGCCUGAAAUGGGUUAUAUCGUGAAAUCAGAAGAUAGACUCAGUCGAAGUUUGUCAGCUAGACAGGUCCAGAUGAUUGCCAUUGCUGGUGUAAUUGGUACUGGUCUGUUUUUGGGUACUGGUAAGAGUUUAGCAGAGGCCGGUCCUGCUAGUUUGCUGAUUGCUUAUUUCAUUAUUGGUAUUGUGGUUUAUUUGACGAUGAACGCUCUUGGCGAGAUGGCCACUUAUGUUCCAGUUGCUGGAUCAUUUUGCACUUAUGCCACUCGAUAUGUCGACGAGGCAUUUGGGUUUGCUUUGUUGUGGAACUAUUGGUUUAAUGAUGCUGUAUCUACUGCUUCGGAUCUGACUGCUUUGCAGUUGGUAUUUGCAUACUGGACUGAUUUCCCAUCCUGGAUCAUUGCUCUGAUCUUCUGGGUGUUCUUGAUCUGUGCAAAUUUGAUUCAUGUUAAGGUAUAUGGUGAGUUAGAGUACUGGCUCGCUCUUUUGAAGGUGGUGACUAUUGUAAUUUUCAUGAUUAUUAGCAUUGUUGUCAAUGCUGGUGCCAAUACUCAACAUGAGUAUCUGGGUUUCCACUAUUGGUACAUUGGAGAUGCUCCAUUUGUGAACAAUUUCAAGGGAUUUGCUUCUGUAUUUGUUACUGCCAGUUUUGCUUAUGGUGGAACUGAAUCUAUUGCUAUUACUGCCGGAGAAACCAAGAACCCUAGUCGUGUCAUGCCUCGAGUCGUCAAGACUGUAUUCUGGCGUAUCUUGUUUUUCUACGUCCUGACGGUUUUGUUCAUUGGUAUUAACGUUCCUUACAACUAUCCCAAUUUGUCUACCGGCGGUACUGCCUUGUCGCCUUUCACUAUCACCUUCCAACUGGUAGGAUCAAAGGCGGCUGGUUCGUUUAUGAAUGCCGUUAUUGUUACCUCUGUCAUUUCUGCUGGAAACCAUGCCUUGUUUGCUGGUACUAGACUUUUGUAUACUCUUGGUGUUGAGGGUUUUGCUCCCAAGAUCUUUACUGUACUCACUCCUCACAAGGUACCAUAUGUUGCUUUACUUGCAACUGCGUCUAUAUCUGGUUUAUGCUUCGGUGCUUCUUUCAUCGGCACUGGUACCUUGUGGGCCUGGCUUCAAAACUUGGUGGGUGUUUCUAAUCAGUUGGCUUGGUUGUCUAUUGGUGUUACUGCUAUCCGGUUCAGACAAGCUCUCAACAAGCAAGGAAAGACCCAUUUGCUCAAAUUCAAGAACUGGACUUACCCAUGGGGUCCUUGGAUUGUGGUUGUUGGUGUAACUGUCAUUAUUCUUGUUCAAGGAUGGUCUGCUUUCGCUCCUUGGAGUGUUUCAUCGUUCUUUUCCUACUACAUUGAACUGUUCAUCAUGCCUGUUAUGUAUAUCUUCUGGAAAAUUGUCAAGCGCACUAAGUUUGUUAAGUUGGAAGAUAUGGAUCUCGAUACUGAUCGGUACGUUGAGACCGAAGAGGACCUGGCCGAGAUGGAAUACGAAGAUUCUUUGACUGGAUGGAGAAGAGUUGUAAACUAUUUGAAAGGGUUCGUUGUCUAA